AUGUUUAAGGAGCUCGUUUUGUGGAUGCAUCGUAUGGCCCACGACUUUUGCUUGGCUCGUCCAGUGACUCCGCCACCUCGGCAUGGCUGUCGUGUGCCAGUGCAGAAUGGGUUCUUCGCCAAUUUGAUAUUCUUUGUUGCCAUUGUGACGCCGUUGUACUUCUGCCUGCUGAAGGAUGUGAUAGCCAUGAUCACUGGGCCCAAGAAGCGCUAGAUUUCCCCAGGAUAUUACCUCGUUUUAAGUCAUAGCUUGGUCAGUCAAUGUAGUUAAUGUUAAAAGCCACCCUUAUCAAAUACAUUUUGUGGCAUCGUUUGCGAGU